CAACACAUUCCACCCGCAGACCGCCGCUGCCGUUGCUACGGUAACGGCUAACGGCUGCAGUUUGAGCAUCAGUUUAGCUUAGUUAAACCUGCUAUCUUACUUACCCAACAUUCACGUGGCUACAAUUCAACAUGAGUCGGCGAUCUGUCAGAAGUCAAAUACUUUGGGAUUGUUCCGAGGCAGACCUGAUCAAACUGCAGCAGCAGUAUCGCAGAGAAGAGGGAGCCUACCGGGCGUACACUACGAAAACCCAAGCCCUCUUCAACAGAGACGAACAUGAGAUCCAGAGGCUUCUGGAUGAACGUGAAGUACUUUUAAGCAGUUUUGGAGUCUCUCAGAGUAGUUUCACCUCUGGUACCGAUCCUGUUGUUCAAGACCUUUCUGCCAUGUUGACCUGUAAAGACAAAAUAGACGAAGAGCUGAAAGCAGAAGAGGCACAAAUAGCAUCUUUGAAAGAUCAGAUUUCGAAAUGGGAGAGGAAGUUGGUAGGACAGAAGACUGGUGGGGCAACGACACGCCCCAGUUUGCAAUCGGAUGACAGCAAAUUACUAAAAAGCACCCGGUUAAUAGAAAACAAACUGCACAUGGGUCGUGAAUGCUUUAAUAAGCUGAUGGCCAGGAAUGGAGAGUUGAGGGAGGAGCUGAAGACACUGCAGUUAGAGAAGAAACACUUCCUGCAAAUUCAAUCUCAACUGGAAAUGGAACUGCAUGCAAAUCGCAAGGAUAUUUGUAACCUUAUGACUACAUGCACUGAAACCUUCAAUGUCAGAGAGAAGAUCAAGGAAAAACGGAAGAUGCUGGAGGACCAGAAUGCAAAGGAUACGGCUCACUAUAUCAAAGAAAGCAGCGACCUGGAACGAGAACUCUGUCAUCAGUCCUGCGUUCAGGGUUUCUUAAAUAUAAAGACUAUUGGAUGCAACAACCUGAACUCGGGCUGCAGAAAAGUGGAGAAGGGCAAGACUCUGGAGUCUAACGAAUUGGGACUGGAAGAUUUUGAGGAUGUUAUCAACAAAACCCUCAGAGAGACAGGGGACAGCGACCUGGACAAACUGAUCAGGAACUUCAUUCAAAGGGAGGAGCAGAACUACACUUUACUGAACUUUGUCAACUAUCAGCAUAGUGAAACCGAGGUGAUUCGGAAGCACAUCACUCAGCUUUGUAGUGAGAGAGAGACCUUUUUGGCGGAGGAGCAGCAGCAGCUAGAGCAGCAUCAGGUUCUCCGGACGAAAGUUUCCAUCAAACAAGAAGCCACCGAGCAAAAGCUGGCAGUGACUCAAUACUGUGUUGACUUCAUGGAAAAGCUCCUAGAUCAACUUAAAGAAGGUGUCAAAUCAUUGCUUCAGAUAUGCUAUGGAAGCUUGGUGACCUGCGACCAGCUGGAUUCCUCUGACAGAGACCAGGAUGAAAACAUCAAAGCAUACCUCAGAAUGGUGGAGGACCAAGUCAAUGAGCUUCUCGCUCUGCAGUCUUAUCUUCACUUACAGGAAAGGCCUAGUGAAUGGGACAUUGACAGUCUCAGUACCAUUGCGGGGCAGCUACUGGGAAUAAGCCCCCCACCUGCUGACUUGACCAUUGCUGCUGCGAUCCCUGCACCUGUUAAAAGGGAUGAGGCAGAUUUGGUGGCAUCAGUGCUGCUGGAGGCAAAGGAGCCAGUGAGUAGAGAGGGUCUGCGGACACUGGCCAACAAGAGAGUUCAGAGAAAAAAGACACCGGAGUGAUGUUUCCGUCCGGUGCUGCUCCUUAGAGCUGCUAUGAGCUACUGCACACUGACAACAAGUCUGUGCUGAGCUUUUUAGCUUCUAAUAUGAAUUAAUAAAGGGAGCAAGUUGCAUGGAAUAAAAA